CACAGACAGACUCGACUGAUGCAAUAACGUGUCAACUGUCUGAAAACCCUGCCUGGAAUUUUGCAUUAACUUGCUCUGGUGAGAAAAAGAAUGUUAUGAUGUCUGGGGAGGCAGAAUCUAUUGAGGCUAAAAUGGAAGAUUUGAAGGUUGGUGAGGAGAACCAAGCUUGUGAACAGGGUGAUGGUGUAGAUGAUGAUUCGAAGGAAGAUAUUGUUGACCCGUGGAAUGUAGCCACUUCAUCCAGCAAAGGAAUAGACUAUGACAAACUUAUUCUUCGAUUUGGGAGCACCAAGAUAGAUGAUGCAUUACUGGAGAGAUUUGAGAAAAUAACUGGUCAUAAGCCACAUCAUUUUCUUAGAAGAGGGAUCUUCUUUUCACAAAGAGAUGUCCAUCAAAUCCUUACACGUUAUGAAGCAAAGAAACCUUUCUUUCUCUACACUGGAAGAGGGCCCUCUUCUACAUCUAUGCAUGUUGGUCAUCUUAUUCCAUUUAUCUUCACCAAGUGGCUUCAGGAUGUAUUUGACGUGCCUCUAGUCAUUCAGCUGACUGACGAUGAGAAGUUUUUGUGGAAGGAUCUCAAAGCUGAGGAAGCUCAGAAGUUGGGUUAUGAGAAUGCCAAGGACAUCAUCGCCUGCGGAUUUGAUGUCAACAAGACUUUCAUCUUCUCAGAUAUGAAUUAUAUUGCAUCAUGUCCUGAAUUCUACCGUAAUAUGUUAAAAGUACAGAAGUGUGUAACAUAUAACCAAGUGAAGGGUAUAUUUGGUUUUGGUGACAGUGAUUGUAUAGGUAAAAUCAGCUUUCCAGCUAUUCAAGCCUCUCCAUCAUUUAGCAAUUCAUUCCCAGCGAUAUUUGGUACAAAGAAGGAUAUCCCAUGUCUCAUUCCAUGUGCAAUAGAUCAGGAUCCAUAUUUCAGAAUGACGAGGGAUGUAGCACCCCGCCUAGGGUACCCUAAACCAGCUCUCCUUCACUCAACCUUCUUCCCUGCCCUGCAGGGAGCACAGACCAAGAUGAGUGCUAGUGAUCCCAACUCCUCUAUCUUCCUAACGGAUACACCUAAACAGAUCAAAACAAAGAUCAACAAAUAUGCUUUCUCUGGUGGUGGAGCUUCUGUUGAAGAGCACAGGGAAAAGGGUGGUAACUGUGAUGUUGAUAUCGCAUACCAGUAUCUUACAUUCUUCUUAGAAGAUGAUGACAGAUUAGCAGAACUGCGAGAGGAAUACAGCAGCGGCCGUAUGCUGACGGGUGAACUCAAGAAAGAAUUGAUCACCAUCCUGCAAAAGAUGGUUGCUGAAAUUCAGGAGAGGAGAAAGACCGUGACCGAGGACCUUCUCAAAGAGUUUAUGACCCCCAGGAAGUUAAACUUCAAGUUAUGAUUCAGGGUCAUCAUCAUGUAGGUUUAGUAGCUUAACAAAUUUAUGUUCAUAGAGUAAUGUUUAAUGCAUUCUUGACAUUUUCCUGAACAAUCCCAGAAGACUUGUGAGAGGGUUACAGUUCACCAUGAGGUUGGUCUUGAAGGUUACUGUGGUAGAGAGGUAGAGAUGAAAAUGAGAGGGGAGAAAGAGAAAAUAUGGUGUAGCAUUGGGAAGCGUUUGAUGGAAAGGCUUGUCAGACGAUUUUUCCAAGUCCUCUUUCAUCUGCCAAUUACCACAGUAACAGUGCUUCACAGUAAAUAAGAAUCAAGGAAAGUUGUCAUAUCUGACAACAUGUCAGACAGAAAAUGUUGAUGAAAUGCUUGCAUGAAAAGAUCAUCAAAUUCCAGAAAAAUGUCAUCUUUUAAGUGAAGAUAUCUCUCAAUACAAGAGAAAAUGUUGUGUUUGAAUUGAAUCACCAAUUGACUUUAUUAUCAAGUUCAGAGAUGACAGUCUCCUGGAUUUUGCCUGGUUUUAGGCCCCAACUUCCCAUUUAGGCAUUUUUCAGGCUUUAUAUUGUAUUACACAUAUCGGUGAGCUGGUAAAACUUGCUUUCACAAAAUUUGACAGACUUGUGGAAAGCUCAGAAAAAGCUAGAUAUUAGAAUAAUGACAUUACUGGCAUCAUUCUUUUGCUUAGAAAGGUUUCUCUCCAACAAUUAGCAGAGCGUUUUCAGAAAUGUGAGGCUGCUGCCACCAUCAUAUUUCAAAAUACAACUUUUUCUGACCUGUCCUCAUUUUUUGUUGUUGAAAAUUUUAAAAUAGAAGGUUGUAAUAGCCCACCUAGGGUUUUAAUGUGUUCUGGCUGUGGUGAUAUUAAAUACAGGCCUGUUAAAUCUCCGCUAUUUAGCGGAAAUCCACUAUUUUCAUUUUUAAGACCCAUUUCAAUUUCCGCUUUUUUCCUGUGUUCCAUUUCCGUUUUUUCUUAAUCAAAAUUCCGCUAUUUUAUCCAAGACGGCUGGAAAACAAGUCUAGGUAAAUGGAUGCGAGCAGAAUGUGUGUGUUGUGAAUAUAUACGUUAUACAGGGCCUUGUAUUUUGCCUUCGCGAAGUUUCGAAUUAUUAGUAUAUACAUAGAGCUAUUAUAUGUAACUCUAUGAAACUGCUGCGGAUCACACCGUGCACCGUUGCCGUUGUUGGCAUACAAGCGCAAAGCAGCAGCUCAAAUCGCGAUAUUUUGCGACUGGUAAAUACGUCUGUAAGGAUGAUGACGUCAUCUAAGAUGGCAACUUACGUUGACCAACGAAAGGAUCGAAGAUGACGAUGUUUCGAUCAUUAUUUCAAAGGAAUUAGCGGUAACUGCGGUCUAAGGUACGAUAUUUCUGAAUUUCGAACAUUUUUUUCGUAAAUAUGGAUGUGAUUUCUUUUUUAUAAUGUGACAUUUUAUGUACAAAAAAACGAUCAGAUAAUCGGGUUUCCACUGUUAGAUCUAACGUUAAUGCUAAAAUACGUUGUCUGUACGUAUGGGCCUCCAAGCUCUUCAUUCUAUGUAUUGGUGAGUGAGGCAACGCAGUUCAGCGGAACAACCAAAAUACAUACUAGACUGAAGCUAGAAUAUACCGUGAAUCGUGAUGGGCAAAUGCAGCGGCUUGGCGAUAGUAAAUAGUAAGGUAAAUUUUCAGAUUUUUCCGCUAUUUUUUUGAAACCCCACUCACAGGCCUGUAAAUACCCCUGACUUGUAAUAAACCAUACAUGUACACCACCAACAGCUGGAAAGGAUAUUGCAUUGGGGGAUGCACAUUAUCGACAAGGUGAUCCCAAUAUGAGUCAUAAGGAUCAUGCUUUUCAACUUCCAUAUCAAAACAAAGAAGAUCAAUUUUAUCUAUGUAACCAUGAAUAUCAAUUUUGGGGAGAAUCUGUUCAUUGGUUCAACAAACUUUAUAUUAAUCAAAUUACAAGUCAAAAUUUUAUCACGAGUGAACAAUAUCAUACUUAGAUAUGAUAACUAAGAUAAUCUGUUUACUGAGUUAACAAACUUGAUAUAACUGUUUUAAUCAUGAGAAGAACAAAUAUUUUGCUGGAAGUAUAGUGAUAUUGUAAGCAUGUAUAAUUAUUCUUCCUGGACAUGUUAACAUCUUCCUGCAGUAUUCAUGUUUUUCAUCCUUUAUACUUCUUGAACUAUUAAAAAAAAUAUUCUGUGAGAACAAUGAGUCUACAGGGAUGUUUCAUAAAGAUUUAAGUCUGAAUGAAAUUUCUUUUUUAUUUAUUUAUAAACUGGUACUUUCAAGAAAAAUAAUUAACAUCCAUAAAAACUAUGACUGUUACCUACCCAAAUAUUGACCUCCCAUCAUAGAUCGAAGUAAGUUCCUGUAUUCAUAUAGUUAAGUAAUUAUUUAAGUUCAUAUGGGAAAUUCAAGAUUGAUACUGCAUGUAGGGUGUGAGAACUGACCCUCGAUUUUGAAACACUUAUAGGUUUUGGAAGCAUAACACAUUACUUGGGAUUUGUCUGGAGAGAGUGUAAAUUGAUUUCCUUCAGCUAAGAUUUAUCUAUCAAUUGUAAACUUGAAAUCUGAAUAUUUGCAGUUGAUUGCAAGUGUUUUGUGACUCCCCCUUAGAGAAUCAAUAAUAAGGAGCAAAAUUAUGGGAAGAUUUAUAGACCGUUGUGUAUGAUGAAAUAUGGUUGAUAUUAUCAAUUUUUUUAUCCUUCUGGGGUCCAUAGAAGUAUUGAGUCAUUGGCUUCACUCACCAAAUAUGCAAUAAAGGAAUUUCAAUGCCCUACUGCUUAUGUGAUAAAUUCCCAUGUAUUUUGUAACUUUUGUAUAAAGCUGGUCUGGAAAAUACCAACCCAAGAAAGAUACAUGGUGUAAUUUGAAACCAACUACACUAUUCUUCUUCGCCAUGGAAACCUUCAGAAGUUACAAAAUACCAGCCAAUGUCCGCAAAUGAUUAUCAAUCAGAAAAUGCUUGUAGCUAAAAUUUCUUUGGUAAUGAAUUUUUUUUAUUAGAGGAAUUCACACAUGCGCAGCCAAACGAAAAAUAAGAAACAACUUUUAAAAAUACAAAAUUGUGCUUUUUUGGCAUGUAUGUAUGUUAGAUGUUUGAAUCCUCAUAUCCUGGUUUACCUUAGAUGCCGGAAUCAUAAAACCACAAGUGGAGGAGGGGGUUUUAUCGCCCACAGGAAAUUUAUGUUUUAGAAUGUUUGACCCAAGCCUAGAUAAAAGUUUUUAUUGAAUACUUGCCAAAGGUAAAAUUGAGGUUGUCAAAAGAAUCAUCCUUUUGGUCUUUUGAUUCAUUUCAAAGACUUAAAGAAAAUAUAGAUCAAGAAAAUCAAUUUAUAUUCCUUGUAAGAAGCAUAUGAGCAAUGUUUGCAAUUAAGUGCAAGACACAAGAUUGAUUUUUGGAAACAAAAUUAACUUGCAAUCGAUCAUUAGUUUCUGGCAAUGCACCCAUACUGUGUACCAUCAGGAAAUGUUAAUGAAGAGAGUAGAUUCAAUUUGUGAGUCUGAAAUCUGCAAGACUAGAAUAGGGGAAUCUCCAUUGUCAGGUGGGUUGUGAAGUGUUAGCUAUGUGGGGGAUGUCCUACGUUAGAACACUCAAUCUUGACGUCGUUUAGGUGAUUGAGAAGAAAGAGCAAUUCCCGAAAGAAAGUACCACUUUUUUUUUUACAAGUUAGAACAUGUUUAAUGGAAUAACCCUGUGUCAAGUAAUGGAAUGGUACUUUACAUUGUUAUUAAGAUGCUUGGCAGGGAGGCCAGGAUGAAUAAUAAAGAUCAAAAAGUAAGAUCUCUAUUGAUCAAUCUUGAAAUUAAAUCCCCUGCAAUGGCAAUGUGAAAGUUACAUUGUGAGUCAUUUUUCUUUCCAGGGGGUGUUUCAUGAAGAGUUAAGUGUGACUGAGAAUCUGACUGAGAAGUGUGACUUAAAUUUCAGAAGUCCCCCCUCCCCCUUCCUCCAUCAUGUUAAUGUUUACAGUUUUAUGGUGUAUAUAUAUAAUGUAACUCUCUUAAAAAGUCACAAUUUAUAAAUAUUAAAAGGUAAAUAUUAUUAUCAUAAAAUUGGCUUAGUUUCUUGAAUGCGAGUCAAGUUUUUGUU